AUGGUCUCUGUUGCCGCCGCCUCUCUCACACCGGCUCUCGCAGCCACCCCUACCAUUCAUCGAUCCAAGAUGAUUCCAUCGUCUCCUGUAUCGAUCCUUAAGUCCUCCAAGCUAGUCAGCAACAAGCGCAAGAUGGAUGAUGCCGACUUGACCCUUUCCCCCGCCUCCGUCGCGGCGGAGGGCCUACCUGAACUCCCGGCCAAGAAGCGCGCCCGCGUCACCUUCAAUGACAAAAAUUCGAUUCGAGAAUUCUCAGUCGCCGAGAAUGCUGUUCUCGCGAGUAGUACUGGGAAGGGUGUUGCAGUGAUUCGUGAGGAAGUGCGUCGUGCCAUCCAUCGUCAUGUCACCAUGGGAGAGAGCGAGGCCUACGAUCAAAUCAAGGAGAUUUUUGUCGUUGACCCCCGCAAGGCAGACUCCACCAUGCAGUCAUGGUACCUUCCAUCUCACGAAACCAUCAAGAACCAUCUGAUGGGUCUCCUCUCUCACAUCGCUUCAUUGGACCGAAACUGCAGUGGCCUGGUUCAUGCCGUGCUCAACAGCGAAUGGCUUGGUCGGGAUGAGGCCUACAUGAAGCUAUACAUUCGAUUUCUGGGAAAUCUUGCCGCUGCACAGGGCACUUACCUUGUCCCCGUUCUCCGAAUGCUGACCGGUAAACUUGCUGGUGUCCCCCGCGGCACGGGCAGCCUGCCUGGCUACCCGCUUGUCCAGCCCACGGAGAUUUAUUCUCGAGUUCACUUGGCUCUACGCCAUAUUCUGCGACUCAUUCCCGCUGGAAGUGGAACCUUGUCACCGGUUCUAGUUCAGCAAUUUCCUCCAGACCCCGACUCCGCGAAGUGCUUCCUGGCCUACACCCGCAACCUUAUCGAAAUCAUCACCUACGCCCCUGAACUUCAAUCCGAUAUCCUCGCGCUCAUUACGGAGAGACUUGUCAAGAUUGACGUGCAGAUUCAAGUCGAUCUAGAAGACGUGGAAGAUGAGUUCGGAGAGGAUUUCCUGCUGGAAGGGCCUCCGGAUCCGGAAGAAGAGCUGGAUGAUUCCGAUUCGGAUAUUAGCGACGACGAGGGUGAGGAUGAUCGACGCUCUAGCGAAAUUAAGUCAAACAUCCACAAAGUAGACGGUAUCAUCGAUAUCCUAUUUGAAUUCUUCUCGGACUCCUUCCAAACGGCCAGUGGGGAAGAUAGAAAAAACAUAUUGGCUCUUCUUAUGAGCUACUUCCGAUCCAUCAUCCUCCCAACCUACAAGUCUCGGCACUCCCAAUUCCUCCUUUUCCAUUUCUCUCAGGCGUCGCCAGAACUCGUCGAUGUGUUUACUACGGAGUGCAUGGAGAUCAUUUCCAGCAAGACCCAGUCAAGCCUUACUCGUCAAUCCGCCGCUGCUUAUCUAGCAAGCUACGUCGCUCGUGGCGCUCAUAUUCCCGGGGCUGUUGUGCGCGACGUAUUUGACAUCUUGCUCACACAUCUGACCGCCUUGCAAGCUGAUUAUGAACCUAACUGCCGUGGACCCGAUCUUCGCCGCUUUUCUCCAUUCUACUCUACGGCUCAAGCUGUGUUCUACAUUUUCUGUUUCCGUUGGCGAGAUCUGACCACCGCCGCGGCGAACGGAGACACUGCUGAGCAGAUCGACGAACUUGAGGAUGGCCAUGUCACCUUCCCACCUAACAUUAAGGAGUGCCUGCACAAAGCCAUUUACUCCCGACUAAACCCGCUCAAGAUCUGCUCACCCAGCAUUGUGACACAAUUUGCACGCAUUGUACAGCACUUCGAGUUCCUUUGGGUCAACUCUCUUCUGGAAUCCAACAAGCGACUCCGUGUCACUGCUUUCCGAAGCAUCGCCACUCUCGCCAACGCUCAAGUGGCGCGCGAGAUCCGCGCUAGUGACCAUUUGGGCUACCAACUUGACGCAUACUUCCCCUUUGACCCAUACCAUCUGCCUCGCAGCCGACGUUGGCUUGAAGGCGAUUAUGUUGAGUGGCGUGGUAUUCCCGGCCUUGACGAUGGUGGUGAUUCAGACAGCGAAGCCGAGGACAAUGAGGGCGAAGGUGACGAUGCCACCGCAACUGACGAGGAGUGA